CUAAGACCGUCAAUCCUGCACGAGGAAAUCUUGCACGAAGAAGAUCAAGCAUCAACCACUGCAGGAUGCAAAUUUUUGACAUUAGUACAAUCUUCAUCUAGCCCUCGCAAGGAACGGGAUUAAGAUUUAUCAAGCCAACUGGAAUUGAUAUUUUUCGUCCCACACUCCACGCAAAGGUGGAAGUAAACCAACGGGAAAAAAAAGAAUGACGAAGAACAGCAGUGAUGUGUUUCCUGUUGCUGUAGAAGAGGAGGAUAAUCUUUCUCCUCCAUCGGCUGGGAAAGUUGCUGCUGAAACAUCGACCUCUCCUAGCCGUCCGACAGCGACAGGUAACCUGCCCUCAGUCGCUGUUGAUAUGGUUCCCGUAAAUCUGAAUACAUCCCGUGGCCCAGUGUGGAAGAACAAAGGUUAUCGUGGUGCGGAGGACACCAGGCGGAAAAAGAUGGAGAGCGACGAUGAGGAGGUGGAUGACAGCAGCGACGUUGAUUCCUCGUCCUCAGAUGAAUCGAUUUACGGAGCCGAAAGCGACGUGCUGUGGCGAAACCCGGGAAUGAUGAGCGAUGCCAGCAUCGGCGUGGCCAGGCGGCGCGGACGAGAUUACGAGCUUCAUGCCGGCGACUUUUCCUCGCGCUCGCCGACCAAACACCUGAAGAGCAGCGCAAUCGGGACUGGGAAAGGAAGCGGUCAGGGAAUCACGAAGCUGAAGCUAGCCCAAGGCGAACAAGGCGAGGGCGAUGCUCUAAAAUAUCAAACAGAAAAACUUUGUGAAAAACAACUGAGAAUCGAUGCAUCAGGCCCAGGCGCUCUAGCCUCGUCGUCGACGUCCCGUGGCGUUUUAAAAAAUCCCUCCUACGCCACCAGCGGAAUCAAAAGUAUUGCCAAAGAGAAAAUUAGUGCGAUGUACUCUGUGUACCACUGAAACUGCAUACGUAUAACCUCUUUUUUUUGCUAAUUCAUCUCGUCGGCGCCUCGGUCUCCGACGGCGCACGCUGACGCACUAGCACGAGUUAAUGAUGAUAAAAGAGCAACGUAGAAGAACUAAUUUAUUACCUUUACUUGUCAGGUAAAAUGCGCAGCCGUGGGAUCGACGAGAUUUCUAACCUAGGGAACGAAUCCCCAACCGCGUCAGUCGCGACGGUCUACUCCAAUCCGGCACAGCAAAACCAGAAACCAUAUACAGGAACAGGUGAGGAUUUGUUUCUUUGUUUGCAUGGCAAAGGAAAUUCUGCUUUGGUCUUCAACUCCAUCGAUUUGGGAGCAAAUUGAUGGUGAUAUUCUGCAACCUACCUCAACGCAACCUCUAUUCCGAUGCGUCAAAUAAAUCGGCUCUCAACACUUACAGCUUAUAUACUCUUGACAUCCUAAACACGACAUAGGUUCUAAUUACGCGCCAGCUUCUUUCAGCUUUAAAGACAUCGCUGGAGGAGCGAGUUCUUCGUCAUCUCGCGAGAAGCCAACGUCUGGAAUCAGCGUGACUGAUAAUCUAAAUUUCUUCUCAAGUGCUUCGGGAGUGGCCGCGGCUUCGACUGCGACCGGCCCGUCCUCCGGCACUAGCAGCAAAACCACACUGGUGCCCCACAGUCAAACGUCCAAGGAACCGCUGACCCAGUCGUGCGACCUGCAGGUGCGCGGUGGAGCUGCUACUUACGACCUGCAAGGAACAAAUAUCCUGAGUAAAAAUGUCCCCACACCAUAGUUAAGAUGAGGAAUCGGCUAGACAAAUCCACAAGUUUUGGCUGUUUUGCAUCACAAAUUUGGACUCGUAGUGUAGUGCUGUUUGAGGUAGCUCAGCAGCAUCACAGACCUAGCACACCAUGCUGAUUGGAGCAUGACAAAUUGCAGAACACGACUAGAAACUGCUUCUCAUGGGGCUCCGUAUGAGAAACAUUUUCAGCAUGUAGAUUUGCAUUACAACUAUAGGGUGAGGACGUUUUUAAAUAGGAUAACAAACAACGCAAGUUCAUCUGUCUUUUCCUCGUCAUCCCAUUCGUCCAAAACCAAUUCUAAGCAGACGGUGGAGCUGCUGCAAAGCCAAAACGUAGAGGUAGAAGAUACGCUGCAGCAGCCCGGUACUUCUAGUGGAGGAAAGCCGGUAGAAGAUGAACAUGCUUUAUCAUCAAGAGCCGACCCAUCUUCCUCCAGCAGUACGAGCGCCAACAUUUCCGGCAUCACUGGUUCGACUACGUUGCAGCAGCUACUCGCCGCCUCAGGUGCAGCUGCGGGUUCUUCCGACCUGGCUUCCGCUGCAGCGACAGGCAUGAGUACUAUGGCUGGAGGUGGUUACUUUCCAGCAAACUCGACUCUGCUCCAUCCUGCUUUUGUCCGGAGCGCGGUCAGUUCGAAAAACAACCGGUCCGCCAGCUACGACUCCUCGGUCUGCACGAACCAUCUGAAUCCAGCUCUGGGUCGCCGGCGCGGAAGGACGCCGAACAACUACCUGGCAAAUCAUGCGGGUCCCCCAGGGUUGUCAACCAAUAAUUUCGCCACUGGAGGAGCUACUCGCCUGACGGGAAGCCGCGAACAAGACCUAGGCGCCGCGCGCAAGCGUAGCCCGCGCCAGGAAAGCGUGUUUCGCUUCCCCCGCGCAAGCUCGAAAGACCCGAUCGAAGGGAAGGGCGUCAAAAUCGGCGGAGCGGUAGACUACCUGCCGACGAGGUACAAUUCGGCAUUGAAGAUUGUGCGUCAUGUUGUCAAUCUGCAUCAGCAUCUAUUGAUUCCUAUGCGAAAUAACACACGUACGUACUCUGUCAAUCUGCUGCAUUAAAAACUUCUGAAUCGUCUUGUUGCGCUUCUGCCAGAUGCCAUGAGAUCUAAGGCUGCUUGUUCUUUUUCAGCUAUACUCUUGCAACUAACUUGUUACUCCAGGCGGAUCCGUUCGUCCGAGCGGUGGUUGCGCCGUGUGAUGUCCCAGGAUAGCCGGAGCCUGCUUCCCCUGCACGACCGGGCCAAGCGGUUACGGGAAAACUCGGAAACGCAAAACCUCUCCCCGGGGACGCGCCGGAAGUACCGCGAGAACGGCGCCGAGUUCUUCCGGCGGAACGCGAACAAUAACUCGUCCUCCCAGAAGAGCACGGCCGGCGAUGACGAAGACGUUACUUCGUCCUCUGACAGUCUGUCUUCCGAUUCCUCGUCCUCCUUCAGCGACGAGGAGUCCGAAACCACUUCUUCCGACGACGAGGCGGCGUAUUACGGGGGCCAGAUGAACUAUGGGAGUGUCAGAAUUGAAAUCGACAAAGUUGAAAUAAUUUGCCAUGCAUAAAAUGGAUGCCAGUUGGAACCCAGUUUCCAAGUGGCGCAUGACAAAUGUCGGCGGUCCCCAAAUCCAGUCUGUCAUGCUGUUUAGGCAAAGAAGAGCGAUUUUCUCAUGCUACUUUAGCAGCUCGAGCUGUAACCGGAAACAGGCUCACAAUCGGCCUCACUUGCCUGCUCUGCAAGACACGUAUCUUGGGUCAUGCAUUUUAUGCAUUCCAAAUUAUUUCAACUUUGACGAUUUCAAUCCUGACACACCCAUACGAACAGCAAAGGGAGCACGAAGUCCGUUGCUCGUGGAGGGUCCUUCGCGACCACGCCGACCAAUGCGGCCAACAAAACCUUUGCGCCAAACAGCCGGGCCGGCUUUAGUGCUGGAGCAGCGCAGCGGUUUCCUGUCUGCUGUCCCAGCAAAGACUGCCUCGAAAACCUGUUUCGAACUGCAUCGUCCGCCUGGGGACGCAGCCGUAGUUGAUCGAUCCUGGGGCGAGUUGCGAUACACCGAUCUGUUGCGAUACUCCGAACAUUAGAAACCAAAAGCCGUGGGCUCUGUAAGAUUUGUAGCUAGUCACUGGUCCUUCUAUCCCAUCAGAGAAGCAUCACCCUCAUUUAAUUGUGCUACUGCAGCAGAGGUGAGUUCUUAUAUGAUUUAGUUAAGUUUCACUUUCACUAUCGACUGUCAUUUCACCGCGUAUCUUCAAACUCCCUUCGAAAUUGUAUGAAAAUGCCGCCGUGGUGGAGGUCGGGGUAAAUACCGCACCUAGUGCCAAAAAUUUCCAAUCUUGUAUAGGUGCUUUCCUUGCACUCCAAAAUUAAGAUUUUAUACAGUUCUUUGCCUAUGCCUACAACUUGUUGUCGCGGACAUCAAGCGAUUGGUAGGUCGGUUGUUGUUUCACCUAAAACAAAUGAACAGAAACUCAAUAGAGAUGAAAUUACACUCCUGCAGUCUCGUGCUCGUGCAAGUUCGUUCCACAUGAAGAUAUGCAAUUUGUUUCAGUUUGAUGGACGAAGAUGAUUGAGGAAUUUUUUAUGAACGACACGAAUAUGGUUUAUGCUUAUGCUUUUGGAUAAAGAUCAUAGAUACGUAAAAUUCAAAGUUGCCACUAACUUGCUCCUGUCGGAUACCAAAUAAAAGAAACUAUUUUAUUUAUUUUCGCCGACACUCAUUGCGACGAGCGGCGACCCAUUAGAAAAACAAACGUUGAGACAUCAAUCAUUGAUGUUGUCAUUGGGGAGGUCACCAUGUUGAGCAAAAGAACCGG